AUGAAGAGACAAAACGUUAGGACCCUUGCUCUAAUCAUCUGUACAUUCACCUAUCUGCUGGUCGGAGCGGCUGUUUUCGAUGCCUUGGAAUCUAAAAAGGAGAUCAUGCAAAAGAAGAAACUGGACGAUCGGAAACAAGAGCUUAUGGACAAGUACAAUUUGACAAAAGUCAACUUUGACGAGCUCGAGGGGGUGGUCCUGCAGCUGAAGCCACAUAAAGCCGGAGUGCAGUGGAAAUUUGCUGGAUCUUUUUACUUUGCAAUCACUGUGAUCACGACAAUUGGGUACGGGCACGCGGCGCCGAGCACAGACGGCGGGAAAGUCUUCUGCAUGUUUUACGCUCUGCUUGGUAUCCCUCUCACCCUGGUGAUGUUCCAGAGCCUAGGUGAACGCAUCAACACGUUUGUCAGGCACCUGCUGCACCGCCUGAAGAGGUGCCUCGGCCUACGACGCACAGAGGUCUCCAUGGCCAACAUGGUGACCAUCGGCUUCAUCUCCUGCGUCAGCACACUGUGCGUGGGGGCCGCCGCCUUCUCCCGUUACGAGGACUGGAGCUUCUUCCAUGCCUAUUACUACUGCUUCAUCACACUGACUACCAUUGGGUUUGGUGAUUAUGUUGCGCUACAGAAGGACAAUGCACUACAGAACAACCCCAAAUAUGUAGCCUUCAGUUUCAUCUACAUCCUGACCGGACUGACAGUUAUUGGCGCUUUUCUCAACCUGGUCGUGCUCCGCUUUAUGACCAUGAACGCAGAGGACGAAAAACGUGACGCCGAACAACGCGCCUUGCUUGCUCGCAACGGCCAGGCAGGGCAUGGCCGAAACUUUCAUCUCAUGCCCGAUCCUCCGUCAUCAUCUUCAGCCGCCCCCGCACUGGGCCCUUCAGAGGGGAGAGGGGGUCGGGCCGCCGGGAGGGGUCUACGCAAUGUCUACGCAGAGGUGCUGCAUUUUCAGUCCAUGUGUUCCUGCCUGUGGUACAAGAGCCGUGAGAAACUACAGUACUCCAUCCCAAUGAUUAUUCCCCAGGACCUGUCCACAUCCAACACCUAUGUGGAACAGGGAGAGGGUUUCUCUGACCCCCUCCACUCCAACGGCUGUGUGUGCGGUAUGCCGCACCAUUCCGCCAUCAGCUCCAUAUCCACUGGCCUGCACAGCCUCACUCCGUACAGGGGAAUCUCAAAGCGGCGCUGCUCCAUCUAA